AUGCCUCUCGAUGAAGAAGGAGCGAAAUGGGCAUGUGAACCAUGUAUUCGUGGACAUCGAUCUUCAAAAUGCCAGCAUUUCGACCGGCUGAUGAUGAAGGUCCCCAAAGCGGGUCGACCGUUGGCCAAAUGCCCGCAUCCAAAGGGUUCGUGUAGCUGUCAGAAGGUCUAUGCCUUCAUGGUUCGCAUCCCGAAAGGCUCAACUGAAGCACCCCAGUCUUCAGGCACGCCUUCUGUUACAGCGUCGAACCCGUCCGCUCCGGGGAGAAUACAAAAGCAUUCCCGACGGCAGAGUAGUCUCCAAGCUGCACCCGAGAACAUUGCCAAGGCAUUGAACUCCGCUUCUGAAUUGCAGACAGCAUCAACCUCCCAACCCCUUCCUUACCCCAACUUUGUACAGCACAGUUCAGCUUCCGGAUUUUCAGCCUCCAACCAAGGCGUUCCCACCUUACUGCCAAAACAGACGCCGAAUGAGAAUGAAGGCGUUCAAACAAGCGAUGCCAGCUGCUGCUCAAAGAGAACCGAACCUGUUCCUGCUGUUCAGCCAUCGGGUUCCUGUUGCAGUAAAUCGCAGCCUACAGCAGACAAUAAAGAUGCCGGUUUUGGCCCAGAGCAUGUGAAUUUCAAUCCUUCCUGGAAUGAGGCACCCUACAGUGCUUCACAGGUUCCAUCAUGGACCCAGUCCCAUCAAAUGGGACAAUAUGCCUCUCAGAAUUCCAAUUUUGCGGCUGCUCUCAUGCAAGGCCCAGCAUAUACGAAUGGAUUCAUCACGAGUCCUUAUCCAGUCCCUCAAAUGAACUACUCAUCAACGAACUUCGAUGGCAGUUCUCUUGGCAAUCAUGUCAGUGCGGAUCAAUUUGUCCCCAACAACUCUCAUGGAUAUCCAUUUGUCCAACCCACUAUGUUUGGAGGUGAUCCCGCACACGAGUGUAACUGCGGCGAUGACUGCCAAUGCCUGGGAUGCGCUGCUCACCCUUUUAACAACACUACAAGGCAGCAUGUGCAAGAAAUGGGCUAUAUGAUGAGUAUUGCAGAAGAGGAUGAAAAUUCUGAGAGUUCCACGCCUUUUGCGGGACAAAUGAGCCCCCCGACGUAUCCCACUACAGCCGUCACUUCCAGCAAUGGGCUGCACUCACAAGGUUCCGCCGAGAACACGUCGACCUCAACGUUCGACAAUGUGCUCUCUGCGACGGCCUCGACAGACUACACAACACCUCAAUUGAUGCAGCCAUCCGCGUAUUACACGCUUGAGUAUCCCGUUGGACUGCCUGGCGCAUGCUCGAAUGUAACAGGAACUUGUCAGUGUGGAAAUGACUGCAGCUGCAUUGGUUGUCUCACACAUAGUGGUCAUGACGGCGUGACCCUGGAGCCUGCUCCUGCUCCUGCUCCUGAUGAGAGGGCGACGGUGGGCGAUGGACGUCCUUCGCAACCAUCGCAUGAGUUUGCUGACUCUACUACCGCGGCACGGACGCUUGAUGAAUUUUCGCCCUCAGCUUUGAGCCCACCGAUGAUCGAAGCACCCCUCGUGUAG